AUGGUAAGACAAGAUUUUGAGAGGAAGAAUGCGGAUUUGGAGAAAAGAAUAGAGCAAAUGGAAGCGGAAAAGACGAACUUGAGAUUGGACAUAGACGUUCAAAAGCUUGAGAAUGAGAGGUUGAAGAAAGAAAAGAACAAAGCUGAUGAGAAACUGGGCAGUCUAAAGACGGAUUAUAAAAAGCUGCGCUUGUCAAUAAGAACUGCUGGGCUGGGAAAGAUAUCAGAACAGUGGCGAGUAGAAAUCCAAGGAGAAAAGGACAAGGCCGAUAAGUGGGAACAGAGAUUUCAAGAGAUGCAAAGGCGAAAUGAGGCCUUAAAGAAGAGUUUGUCAGAAAGCCAGAAGGAAAAGGGGGAGUUAAAGGAUAGGGUGAUUGUAUUGGAAAGAUCCUUCACAAGAUCGUUGAAAUUCUACGAUAGAGUUAAAAGCUAG